CCAUGGAGGACGGGCCGCUGGACGUGAUGACCAAGGACGGCGGCGAGCUGCCCGCGCCCCUGGAGGUGGCCCCGGUGCCCGGCGUGGGCGACGUGCUGUCCGGGGAGUACAACGGCGGCAUGAAGGAGCUGAUGGAGCGCCUCAAGGAGCAGCUGCAGGCGCUCUUCGAGGACGUGCGCGCCAUGCGGGGCGCCCUGGACGAGCAGGCCUCGCACAUCCAGGUGCUGUCGGACGACGUGUGCGCCAACCAGCGCGCCAUCGUGUCCAUGUGCCAGAUCAUCACCACCGCGCCCCGGCAGGCCGCCCCGGGGGGCCCCAGGGGCGCGCCCGCCGAGCCGGAGCCCCCCGCGCCCGCGGGCCCCUUCGCGGAGGACGAGGACGAGGAGGGGCUGGAGGAGGAGGACGACGCCGAGGCGCUGCCCGGGGCCCCCGCACCCGCCGCCGGCCUCCUGGCUGCGGGGGACGGGCCACUUGUGGAGCCCCCGGAGCUGCCCGACAUCACGCUGCUGCAGCUGGAGGACGAGGUGUCCCUGUGA